AUGACAGGUGAUAGAAUGGACUUUCUGUGAAUGAUGAUGCUUGGAGCGACAUUUUCUGUGACAUAACGAUGUCUGUCGAGUCAAGAUGAAGCUGAAGCAAUUAGAGAGCAACCUGCAGCAAGUGGAUGUGUUUGAGAUGCCAAAGAUUCUCCUGGAGCAGUACCCAACCAGGCCUCAUAUUGCAGCGUGCAUGCUGCACACCAUGGAGGCUAGGUAUGGGGAUCUCCAGGGUAAACUUGUCGCUGAUCUGGGCUGUGGAUGUGGUGUGCUAAGCAUCGGCGCUGCCAUGCUGCAAGCAGGCUUGGUCGUCGGCUUUGACAUUGAUGAAGAUGCCCUGGACAUCUGCGCCCAGAACAUCGAAGAGUUUGACCUGGGGUCAAAUGUUGACCUGCUACAGUGUGACCUGACCUCGCUUGAGUCGGGACGUUGGGCCAAGCAGUUUGACACCGUUGUCAUGAAUCCUCCGUUUGGGACCAAGCAUAACAAAGGUACUGAUAUGGUAUUCUUGAGACAAGCACUAGACAUGGCUAGCACUGCAGUGUACUCCCUCCAUAAAACAUCCACAAGACAGCAUAUUGAGAAGAAAGCCAAGGAAUGGGGCACGCAUAUGGAAGUUGUUGCAGAGUUACGUUUUGAUUUGCCAGCGAGCUACAAGUUUCACAAACAGAAAUCGUGUGUCCAAUUUUGUCAACAGGUUGACAUUGAGGUGGAUUUUCUGAGAUUUUCAUGGACAGAAUCAUCUAGAGCAUCCGGGAAACCUGUGACGGUUCAGUAUGACGAGGCAAAGGCUUUGCUAAGUUGACAACAAAGAUGACCUCUGCCAACAGUGCUGGAGAACAGUGUUCAUGGUACAAGGUCUCAGAAUGUGGUCAUCGACUCAACGCAUGAACGGCAGAUGGUCAUUUUCAUGGACAGAAUCAUCUGGAGCAUCCAAGAAGCAGUAUGAGAAUGCAAAGGCAUUGUCUAGUUGACAAUUGUAAGGGAGAGCCCAUAGUCUUUUUGUCAAUAAUAACAAUUAUAUUGGGGCUAAUCAUCCUAGUACGCAGCUGAGAAGCUGAAGGACGCGGUUACAACGUGGUCAAGCCGGAGGCUUGUAAAGGUGCCUUAGGCAGCCACCGUACAACCCAUGUGGUCUGAUCACAGAGCAACGUCAGCAAGAACAAAAGUGUUGAUUUUUGCAGAGGGAGGAAAAAUGCAGAGCCUGGAGAAAACCCUCAUAGCACCAGAGAGAAUCAACAAACAAAAUCUACUCACAUAUGGUCCGAGCCGGGAAUCGAACCUGGGCCACAUUCAUGUGGUGGUUUUCCCUUUUAAAUGCCUGGGCCCCUUUCGUACCAGGAUUACGAUGUUUAUCAUUGACUGAGCCCAGUGCAACAUUAUCUGGUUAAAAAGGCCUUUAGUUACACCACAGGAAGCCAGUCCACGCUCUGUGGGUAUAGGAAUUCAUACACUCUCAUUCUGCAGUUCGUGUGCCGCAGCGACCACACUUACAGUCCAACAAAUUCAUGAUUUCUGCUGUUUGUGCAUCAACUUCAGUUAUCAAAAAAAAAAAGGAAAUCAUGGUUUCAUUACAAUACUAAGUUUGAUAUUUAAUUUAUGAAAAAUCUAGUUGCAUUUGGGCCACUGAAGAAUGAUUCAGGCAUGCCCAACAAGUGGUUCAGUCAAGCGACACUAAUUGUUCCCUGCUGGUGGAAGGUAUUACAUGUGGUGCUAAACUGCCCUGAGGAGAUAAAAUCUAGACAAAAAUCCUGAAUAUAACUGGGCUGGUCAGGUGUUCUGUUAAAAGAGGAUUCACGGCAUAAGUGUGAGAAUUCUUGUCAGUGUGUUUAAUAAACAGAUCGAAUAUUUUAACCCUAAACAGUUAAUAAAAUUGAUACAGACACAAAUUGA